AUGCACCGCUCCCGCAGCCUCGGGGCGCUCUGGCCACCGCUGCUGCUGCUGCUGCUGCUGGUGGCUGCCACAGGCGCUGCCGGAGCCCUCACGGAGGAUGAGAAGCGGGCCAUGGUGGAGCUGCACAACCUCUACCGUGCCCAGGUGUCCCCAGCGGCCUCGAACAUGCUGCGGAUGAGAUGGGACCCGGAGCUGGCCGCCUUCGCGGAAGCCUACGCGCAAAAGUGCGUGUGGGGCCACAACAAGGAGCGCGGGCGGCGCGGCGAGAACCUGUUCGCCAUCACCGACGAGGGCAUGGACGUGCCCCUGGCCAUGGAGGAGUGGCACCAGGAGCGAGAGUACUACAAUCUCAGCGCCGCGGCCUGCGACCCCGGCCAGAUGUGCGGCCACUACACGCAGGUGGUCUGGGGCAAGACAGAGAGGAUCGGCUGUGGUUCCCACUUCUGCGAGACGCUGCAAGGAGUGGAGGAGACCAACAUCCAACUGCUCGUGUGCAAUUACGAGCCCCCGGGGAACGUGAGAGGACAAAGGCCCUACCAGGAGGGACCCCCGUGUUCCCGAUGCCCCCCUGGCUACCGCUGCGAGGACUCCCUCUGCGAGCCCACUACGGGCCUGGGAGAGGCGCAGGAUUUCCCUCUGCGGGUCACCGAGGUCCCACCCACCACAGCCACCAGCAAAACCAGUACUCCGUCCCUAGCGACGGAGACUACGCACUUGUCGGUGACAGAGGUCCCGGGCCCGCGGGCAACGGAGGCCGCGACCGCCGUAGAGACAAAGGCCCCAUCUUCCUUAGCAACGGAAGGCUCCUCCUCUUCCUCCUCCAUGGCAACAGAGACUCCGCCUUCCCUAACCACUGACGCCCCUACCAUUUCUGCAACUUCCACCCAGCUCACGUUGCAUGAAGGGGCAGAUAACAUCCUCACAUCGACCCACAUCCCGGUCCCCAAGUCUACGGACAAAAUAACCAGCAAGACAGGUCCACCCUCCUUGAGCCCAGAGAGGUCUCUGUACCCCAAGAUGGCCUUCACGGGCACAGGAGAACCCCUACCCCGGUCCGAGGAAGAGUCCCUGGCGGAGUUGCCUCUUUCCAGGGAGUCCUUGGCCUUUCAGCCCCACGAGCGGCAGGCCUCUCUGGACCACUCGGAGCCCCCUGCCUCCAAGCCCAGUUUCCCCAGUGCCCCUGCCUCCGCUAACGCCUCGGGUGGGCGCACUCUGGCCUUGCAGUCUUCCUGGCCAGGUGCGGAGGCCCCUGACAAGCCCGGCUGGAAGACACAGCAGAGCUCUGGUCACGCGUGGAGCCCUUUUCCCGGACUGUGGCUGCUGCUGCCUCCCCUGCUGUUGGCAGGCUUCUUCUGAUGGGAACACCAGCCAAGGGAAAAGCCUGGUGCGGAGAGGAGAGGCCUGGCUUCGUGCUCAUUCGGGCUUGCGUUUCUCCAAGCGACAGGCCACAGCUUCUUGGGCAGGCCCUGCUCUGUGGCCAGACUCUAGGCCAGCACUCGGGUCCCACCAGCGGCUCCUUCAGAGUCACCUCCUGGCACAACCCUCUCCUCCCUCCGUGCCUCUUCCUCUGAGCAGGGCCACUCUCUAGCUGGCCGCAGGCUGUUCGGAGCGGCAUUCCCAGCCUCCUAAGGCCCGAGGAUCUUGGAGAGGAACCCCUUGCCCCCUUCUGGUUUCCUGGGCUCUUUCUUGAGCCGUGAGUCCCAGGACUGUCAGCAGAAGUGCCCUUGUCUUCCCUGGGUGAAGACAUGAGCUGCCCAGCUGCCCCGCAGCCCUCUGGAUGCUUCCUGGCUGAGGCUCUCCAGAAGAAAAAGGCUUUUUUGUUUUUUUUUUUUUGUUGUUGUUGCUGUUGUUUUCUCCACAGCAUCUGGGCUGGGGCAUGAGGCCUGCAGACAGCUGGACCAGGGGUGGGGUGUGUAUUUGAUGAUGACCAGGAUGCCUCUUGCCCUUUUUGAUCCUGGGGUGGGGUGUGUCGGUCCCCGGGGGUCCUGUGCAGCUGCAAGGGGAGCUGUGAGGGGUGGAGAAAAGACAAGUCCCACCUGAGUGGGAUCCUCUGGGGAGGAGGCAGGGACCACCAGGGCGGCCUGAACUCCUGAAUAAGGUCUGUUUGGGAGUGGGGUCUCCAGGCUUCUAUGUCCCAAGUGCAGUGGGAGGCAAGGGAUCAGAAACGCCUGGCCCUGCCCACAAUUCAAGGCUUUCCUCUUCCCUCUCUCAUUCCUUUGCCCACUCCACCGGCAGUGGUGCCUGGAGGAAUCUGGAGAAAGCGCUAGAGCUCCCUGGGGAGCAGAGCAGGGUGGUCCUCGGGAAAACAGCAGCAAGUGGGCAAGGGGAUGUGGGGGUGGGAAAAGUCCAAACGGGAGAGCAGAGGAACCUGGCCAUGGGUCAGGCCACACUGGAACGGACCCAUAUAACCAAGGCCGCUACUCCCCCCCACCCCCGGGUCUUUCAGUAACCCACACACCGCAAAAGAUUCUGCCGAGAUUUUGAUAGGGACUGUGGAAUCUGCUAUCUUAAGUUAUCAUCCAACAUGGGUCUCUUCCUAUUUACUCAGUUUUUGUUUGUUUCUGGAGAUAGUCUCACUCUAGCCCUGGAAUUUACUAUGUAGUCUCAGGCUGGCCUCAAACACUCAGCAAUCCUCCCGAGUGCUGUGAUUAAAGGUG